AUAGGUAUUGCUUUGUCUUUAAAGGUUGUAACAGGCUUAGAGAGACGUGCUUGGCCAGAGCUUGUUCAGCCAGGUGAUCGCGAGUGGGUUACCGUUAUCCAGAGCAUCUGCGCCGCUGGGUAUGCAACCCCACCUUUCAUCAUCUACAAAGGACGCGUCCACAUCUCUGCCUAUAACGUACCUCACGGGUUCGUUAUUGCAGUCUCUAAGAAUGGCUGGACGAUAAAUAAGCUUAGGCUGCAGUGGUUAAAGCACUUUAAUAAGUAUACAAAGAGGAGGCAGUACUGCAAGGAGAACAAGAUUAUCACUAUCUGCAUGCCUCUGCACUCAUCGCACCUCCUGCAGCCUCUUGAUAUAGGAUGUUUUGCCCCUUUAAAGAAGGCGUACAGGCGCCAAGCUGAAGAUCUUAUGCGCAACUAG